CUGCUCCCCUAUAAAAGGCCACCGAGUUUCCCCCCAAAAUCACAGGGGUCCGAUCUCUGAAUUCGUCGACUCUUUUCUGUCUCUAUCUCUCGUUCUCAUGGGGACGAUCUCUCCGCCCUCUCUCAGCCGCGAGCCUCUGCCUUGCUCUAUCUUCCCGCCGUCACACUCACACAGCAAGAAGCCUGCAAGAUUUUGCUCCUUGAGCUCAAGAUUUAGGGUUGCUCCGGGAGGAGGAUUCUCGGCGGGGAGGACGAUCAGAAGGAGAAAAGGCGACGUCGUUGCGCGUGUGCAGAAGGUUGAGCAGGGAAAUGGAGGUUUCAUUAUCGAGGACAUUCCUCACUUAACGGAUUAUCUGCCCGAGUUGCAGUCCUAUGCAAACCCCUUGAAAAAGAGUCAUGCUUAUGCUGUUGUUAAGGAAACCUUUGUCAGUGUAGAUGAUGUGGUAGCCACAAAGAUUGUUGUUCAGAAGAAUGAUCCCAAGGGUGUACACUUUCGCCGUUCUGGGCCUCGUGAAAAGGUUUACUUUGAGCCAGAUGAAGUAUGUGCUUGCAUUGUGACAUGUGGUGGGCUAUGUCCAGGAAUCAAUACUGUCGUUCGUGAAAUUGUGUGUGGCCUGAACUACAUGUAUGGAGUUAAUAACAUCCUCGGAAUAGAGGGUGGGUACAGAGGCUUUUAUUCUAGGAACACAAUUCCUUUGACACCAAAGGUUGUCGAUGAUAUUCAUAAACGUGGUGGGACCAUCCUAGGCAGUUCACGUGGUGGUCAUGAUACCUCUAAGAUAGUUGACAGCAUCCAGGACCGGGGGAUCAAUCAGGUAUACAUAAUUGGGGGGGAUGGGACUCAGAAAGGAGCUGCCGUUAUUUGUGAGGAAAUUGAAAGACGUAAACUGAAGGUGGCUGUUGCAGGCAUCCCCAAGACAAUUGACAAUGAUAUUGCAGUCAUAGACAAGUCUUUUGGUUUUGAUACUGCUGUUGAAGAAGCUCAAAGGGCCAUCAAUGCAGCUCAUGUGGAGGCUGAAAGUGCUGAGAAUGGUGUUGGUGUUGUGAAGCUUAUGGGCCGUUACAGUGGAUUUAUUGCCAUGAUUGCUACUUUGGCAAGCCGAGAUGUUGACUGCUGCCUGAUCCCGGAGUCACCAUUUUAUUUGGAGGGUGAAGGUGGACUCUUUGAAUUUAUUGAGCAACGCUUUAAGGAGAAUGGACAUAUGGUCAUUGUAGUUGCAGAAGGUGCUGGACAGGAACAUUUAGCCGAAAGCUUGGAUUCAGGUGGCGAAAAAGAUGCUUCUGGAAACCGGCUACUCCUUGAUGUUGGCCUAUGGCUCACUCAAAGGAUCAAAGAUUAUUUUACCAAGGACUGCAAGAUGACAAUAAAUCUCAAGUAUAUAGACCCAACAUACAUGAUACGCGCCAUCCCAAGCAAUGCAUCAGACAACGUCUACUGCACACUUCUUGCACAGGGUGCGGUUCAUGGUGCCAUGGCUGGCUAUUCUGGCUUCACUGUUGGACCUGUAAAUAGCAGACAUGCUUAUAUUCCUAUAGCUCGUAUAACUGACACACAAAACAAGGUUUGCGUGACCGGCCGAAUGUGGGCAAGGCUUCUUUCCUCAACUAACCAGCCUACCUUCUUGAGGUAUGAUGAUUUGUUGCUGGAGAAAAUUGAUAAGGAGACCAAGAAGAUGAUUGACGGCAUUCAGAACCCGUCUGGGAAGGCCAUUGCAUUUGCAGAUUCUGCCCAAAAUGCUUCUCAAGACCCUUCGGAGGGAACAAAUUCGUCUCCAGUUUGAAGAAUUUUACAGUGAUGCUAGAUUAAAAUCGGAAUGCAUAGAAAAUCGUCCACGUUCUUUGGAUUCUUUCAGAUGUUUUAUUCAUUUUAGAGUAUGUCAUAAGGAAUGAGACGACAGAGUCGCCUCUCCACAACCUCAGGAAUAUAAUUGUUCUUAUUUGCAAGGACCAUAUUUUUUUUUUA